UGGCUGGACGGAACCAGAUCAGGGGAACAGGCUCAUCCGCCUGAGACGCCAACUUUGUCUGAGGGAAGGACUCACUCUCUAGACCGCCACGUUAUUUUUUUUGGGAGCGGCAGCCAGGACAACAACCAGAGCAGGAGAGAGUCCAGGCGAGCACCACAAGGGAAAGUAGCAGACAUCGGCAACAACAUGUACCUGGGUUUGCUGGACACCACCACGCGAUACCCGUGGUGAAAAAACGCCAGGGAAAGGGAAAAGAAUGCCAAGGACACCGCGCUCCAGAAGCCAUCACGGUUGGCGCGCGGCCCUGGUGCUGUCGGCCUUGGCGGCGCUGCCGUCGUUGCCAAGAGCCUCCGAUGCCGUGUUCGCGACGCCGCCACUGCUGGGGGGAUUUGCGGAAGAAGAACCUGAACUUGCGCCAACGGCCAUGGGAACGGCAGCAGUGUCACCGCCGCCGCCGCCGCCGCGAAGAAGCUGCGCCGAAACGUCGCCCUUUGCUGUAGACGGCGGUGCGACGGCGGAGGCGGAGGAGGCGGCGAUGGCGGCGGGGAUGUCCGAGGAGCUGUCCGCCACGGAGCGACCCUCGCGCGAUAAUUGCUUGGGAGGAGGUGGGCGGGGGGAGGUCAUCAAGCAACCGCGGGGGGGCUGUGGCGGUAACGACGGCGCUGCUGGUGCCGCUGAUUGGGAGGGGGGUGCUCGUGUUGGUGAUGGGUGUAUGGCCGUUGGUGGUGGUGGCCGCGGUGCGGAACUCUCACUUUCGGGAGGUCAAGAGCGAGGUAGAGGUCUCCAAUCAGAGACAUCAUCGGGGCAUGAGGUCGAGCGCGUUGGGGUUCCAGCGGUGGCGGCGGCAACGGCCGCGGGUGCUGGGAUGAACGACCGGGCAGACAGCUGUGAAGUGGGGCACCCACAAGGAACUUCCAAGGACACAACCCUCUCCGGGGUAAAAGUGGUGUUGGGGUCUCCUGUCGAUACCGGGCAGAACGGGGAGAAGAAGCGCGACAACGAACCAACCCGCCAGCAUCAACAGCAGCGACAACAGCAGCAGCAGCAGUCGUGGCUUCGACAAAGGCGGCGUGACGCGGGAGCUAGCGAAACGCACUCAUUACCAGAGAUCCCCGCGUCCACAAGUGGGUCGGGGGGCGAGGUGCUCGCGCAGUACGUCGUGCAGUGGACGGACUUCCACCCCCUGGAGGACCACAGCAGCCUUCUCUCGGGAGCGUUGGGUGGGUUCGACCGUUGCUGCUCGGGAGGCUGCGAAGCCUCUGGCGUCCAUGGUAGCAGCGACGCUCGAGCGCGUGACAGCGUCGAUGCCAGCAGCACCAGCACCAGCACCAGGAGCGGCCACGAAGAAGACGAGCGAAGCGGGAGUAUCGGCGACGGCAAUGAUGAGGUUGACAACGGCGGCGGGUGCGGCUCGAAGGGCGACUCUAGUUACUGCGGGUGCUGCUGGGAGUUGGUGGAGAGGGCUAACCUGGCCACCUCUAGCGGAAAAUUCCCGAGCGACUUCUCCCUGGUCCGUUUGCGGCAUCAGGCGACAGAAGCCUCUGACGUGGACGACGCCCACCUCUCCAAAAACGGCCGAACCUCACCUCUAGGGGACAAUCCUGAACGACCCGAGCAUGAGGGGGAGCAGGCACAAUGUCGGGUGGGAGGGGGCCGGGAUGGAGGAAAUCGAGACGCCUGUCCCGGUGCGAGAGUGAGAGAUCCAGCGGCAGGUAUCCGUGGGAACGCGUGCGAGGAGGGGAGGGACAGGGGGGUUCCGUGCGUGCGGGCAGCGGCGGACGAGGCGGUAGGGGCUCUCCGGGCUCACCGUUGGGUAAAAGGCGUCUUCCGAGAAAAGGCUCUCAUGCGGGGGGUCUUGGCUGCCCCAGACGUCGACCCUCCGAGAGAGCAACUCUUCUCGAGCCCCUCGGCUCGCGACGGCGGGGACAUGGACAACGAAAGCAAGAUAACUCCCCAUUCUCCGUCGGACCCAAGGGCCGGCACUGAAGGGCAUGGCGACCGUUCCAGCCCCUCCUUACACUCGUACGAGGGCGGUGGGCCGGGAGAGCCCAACAGCGGGGACGCAAUCACCGACUUUGGCGGGGAAGUUGGGGCGGACGGACACAUCGCCAUGACCGCUGGAGGAACCGCUGAUGCGAAACGGCGGUGGCAACGGUGGCCGGGCGCUGAGGGCGAGAGAGGGGGCCGGCGACAGCUCGACGGGGGCUCAACGCUAGCGGCGGCGGCGGGGGAGGGGGGGAGGCUGAGGGGAUCUUCGCGGGGGGAGUUCGUGGACGCUGGCGAGCACGGGAAGCCGCUUCAUGACCACGGUUUCACGGGAAAGGGCAUCCGGGUUGCGAUCUUCGACACGGGUCUUGAGGCAGGAGGGCACGACUUCGACAACGUGGUGGAGCGGAUCAACUGGACCGACGAGCCGACGCUGGAAGAUACAGUGGGGCACGGAACCCACGUCGCGGGCGUUAUUGGUGGGAGGGAUCAAGGGUGCUCCGGAUUCGCACCCGACGCUGACCUGUACAUUUUUCGAGUGUUUUCCGGCCAGCAGGUCUCGUACACCUCCUGGUUCCUAGACGCGUUCAACUACGCGCUCUUCCUCGGCGUCGAUAUAAUCAACCUGAGCAUCGGUGGUCCGGACUUCAAGGAUCAGCCCUUCGUGGACAAGGUGCGAGAGCUGUCUGCCAACGGCGUUGUGGUGUUUUCGGCGGUGGGGAACGACGGGCCUCUCUACGGGACUCAGCACAACCCGGCGGAUCAAAUGGACACAAUCGGAGUCGGGGCUGUGUCGGCCAGCGGGCGGGCGGUCGCGAGCUUCCAAUCGAGAGGGAUGACCACGUGGGAGCUACCGGGAGGAUACGGACGCGUGAAGCCGGACCUCGUGGCCGUCGGACAGUUCGUCCUUGGCCCUAAGGCGGGCGGUUCGUUGGGACAGUGCAGCGGGAUCUCGGGGACAUCGGUGGCUAGUCCCGUUGUGGCCGGCGCGGCCGCCCUGUUGGCCAGCACGGUCCCGCCGGACAGGAGGCGCGACAUCGUCAAUCCCGCCAGCAUCAAGCAGGUGCUGACCGAGUCGGCGCGCAGGGUCAAGGAAGCAGGCUUGUUCGAGCAGGGGGCGGGGGCUCUGGACGUGGCGGGGGCGUUCGCGCUUCUCAGCCGCUACACGCCGAGGGCGUCGCUCCUGCCGCCGCAGUUGGACCUCACGGACCCUUACACGUGGCCGUUCAGCCGCCAGCCGCUGUACUACGGAGCGCAGCCGGUGGUCUUCAACGUCACCGUGGCCAACGGAAUGGGCGUCUCCGGCCACAUCACGAGCUUGUCGUGGGCGGAGGAGGGCAGCUCCCAGAGGGCAGCAGGGAGGGACGGGGACGUGUUGGACGUGAGGGCGGAGUUUUCGGACGUGCUCUGGCCGUGGUCUGGUUUCCUCGCGCUCUCCCUGGCGGUGUCGGAGUCCGGCCGGGAGUUCCAGGGCCUCGUGUUCGGCAAGCUAGAGGUGGCGGUGGAAUCAGUGGCGGGGCCUGGAGAGACGCAACCCCGUACCACGAACGCCGUCCUUCCGGUAACGGUUAGCGUUAUCCGCCCGCCGCCCAGGCACCGCAGGCUGCUCUGGGAUCAGUUUCACAGCGUCCCGUACCCUCCGGCCUACAUUCCGAGGGACUACCUAGGCGACGAUGCCGACAUGCUGGACCGGCUUGGAGACCACCCCCACACCAACUUCCGGACCCUGUUCGAAGCCCUGUUAGACGCGGGCUACUACGUGGAGAUCCUUGGCUCCAACUGGUCCUGCUUCGAUGCCGAGAGCUACGGAGCGCUGCUUGUGGUGGAUCCAGAGGCCGAGCUGGGGCAAGACGAAAAGGCCAAGCUUGAGAUGGACGUGAAGGAGAGGGGCUUGUCGGUGGUGGUGUUUGCCGAUUGGUACAGCACGGAUGUGAUGUCCAAGGUCCGCUUCGUGGACGACAAUACCCGCAUGCCGUGGGAGCCGGUGACGGGCGGUUCGAACGUUCCAGCGAUCAACGACUUCCUUCUUCCCGCCUUCGGUAUGGCGCUGGGCGGGACUGUAUUUGACGGGGUGAUGAGCCUGCCUGGAGGAGAGCUGCAUCUGGCAUCCGGGAACGCGGUUUCAAGAAUGCCCCCCGGCAGCCUUUUGGUUUCAGCGCCGUCCUUAAGAGGCAUUGCGUUGCGAGGGGGAGGUGGAUAUUUGUCCCCGGGGGUUCUUCACAUGAACGUGCCGGUCAUUGGCGCCUUCGACACUAAGAGUGGCGACAGUCCAGAAAGCACGAGCGGCAGGGUGUUCCUUUUCGGGGACUCGAGUUGUGCAGACGAUACCGUGUUGAGCAGGGUGGGGGGCUCCGGCAGCGGCCAUGCCAACGGCGCCCUAGGAGGCGGCAGCGACUGCCUGUGGCUCUUCGAGUCGGCGGUUCGAUACGCUUGCGAGGGUUUCGAGGACCCUGCUGUGUUCCGCGAUGCGCUACGGGUUCCCCAGGAUGCCGAAGGCGGCGACGACGGCCUCGAGCUCGACGGUUUCAGCGGAGGGAGCGGCAAGGGCGACGGCUUCAACGACGGGCACCCCUUGCCUGAACGGCCAGAUGCGAAGAAGCAUCAGGACUGGAGAAGGGACGCUCAGGAGGCCCAGGGCAGGGGCUUGCUGGAGGUUGACGACGCGGACAAGUGCAGCCGCAACCGAUUUGACAGGGUCCCCACGGCCCUGAACCAAUAGACCCCGACGUGCAUAUAGAUCUUGGUGGAUUUUUUCGCAAGAUGAACGUGUACAUAGCGGAUGUUGGAUUUUCUGCGCUUCUUGGCGAUAUUCCGUGGUCUAGAUUAGUAUCAGGACUCCCUGGAUAGGCCGCUUCGCAGACAGACGUACGUGGCACGGGCCAAUAUGUUUUGUCCUGACCCAAGACGGCGAUCCACUGUGUACAAUAGAGCAGGAUAUUGCAAGGGUCGACGGUUGCACGCCUCCACCUUCCCCUACCGCUGAUGUUGAAGCGGCUUGCCCCGGGAGAAGGAAGACUUGCUUUGGGUUUCCCGGGGCGUUCGGGCUGCGUUUCUGGUCCAUUUGUAGAAAGCGCGUCUUUCGUUUGAAGGUCCGUCUGGUUUGUGACGUACAGCAGUGCAGAUAGAUGCGCUAUUUACGCUCGAACGAAUCCAGCACGGAUGUGAGGAUAUGGUCAAGGAGAUGGUUGGGAUACCGAUUGUGUCGCAUUUCGCUUAAAGUCAGUUAUGCUUCGAAUGAGAUUGAAGUCGGCCGAGGCGACUGCUGUGCCAGAUCUGGGCGUGUCUUGAUGUGGAUCGCAGGUGAUGGGGUUUCGCAAUGUCAUGCUACCCGGCCCUGUCGACGUGAAUGACAAGAGCUCCACCAGCUGCAGUUGUUUGGCAUUGCAUUUGUCGUUCCUAUGCUACAUCGGAAAUAUGUAUUGUCUAUCCCUUGUCUUGUUGGCCGUAUUGGGUCUAGCAGUAAAAGCCAUGAAACGACGCUGUACCGUAGUCUCGUCGUUGUCGUUGUCCAUGUUGUUGUGGUUGUUGUCUUAACAUCAAUAGUUUAGGUCCCACAAAAAAAUCAGUCGGAGACGGGAAGCCUGAGUUUGCAACCACUGGCUACUACAUGUCACAGCUUCUAAUCAUCCGCAACGCACUCGGGCGGCCAUGAGGAGGAGUACAUGAAAGAGCGGGAGCUUCACCAGAGUGAGGGGGGGCGGGGGGCACUGCUGUAGCAACGCGUUGUAUUUACGGGCUGCGGGGCCGUGUCAUGCGGUGUAAAUGAUUCAUGGUGUGGGAAACAGCGCGUGGGAACGUUCGAGAAGUAGAAUAUUUUCUCAGUCAAGGUCGGUAUUGCCUAUUUUCGUAGUUUGCGAAAGAUACCGCGCACACCUGUCCCUUUAUUUUCAGAGGCCGUGAACUCCUACAUGAUCAAUUGAAGAGGUUGCUACGAUCCGUUGGUACCGUUUCCGAAAGCUCU